GCACAGUAAACAUCAUUUGUGAGGAGAUAUAAAAAAUAGAAGAAAGAAAAAAUAUACAUAUUGUGCAAUAUUUACUAAUUUUAAACAUAUUUGCUAUUUUUGCAAAAAAUAUGUAAAUAUUUUUGUAUUAAAUUCAACAAGAAAAUAAAGAAGAAAGUGCGAAAAGUUCAAAGUAAAAAAAAAUCAAUGCCAAUGUCAAAUUGUCAUGAAAAUAACAGUAAUUUCACACCCGUAAUUGGAAUUUUAUGUAUCGAUAUUGCCGUAGAUUUACGCAAAACCUACGGCGAUGAGUAUUACAGCUAUAUUGCUGCUACAUAUGUUAAAUAUUUGGAAUCAGCAGGCGCCCGGGUCAUACCAAUUUGGAUAAAUCGUCCCCGUUCCUAUUAUGAAGCCAUAAUGAACAAAAUAAAUGGUAUAUUAAUACCAGGUGGUGCUGUCUUUUUUGAAACAAAAUAUUGUACCGAUGAUAUGCGUAACGAUUGUGUACAAAGUUCGAAAUAUAUUUAUGAAAUUGCGAAAGAUUUAAGCGAAAGGGGAAAAACGUUUCCCUUAUGGGGUACCUGUAUGGGUUUUCAAUUAAUGCUGACACAUUCAGCUGACCGCGAGGAAAUACGACAGGAUUGCCAGCAAAUGCAUUGUUCGUUGCCAGUAAAGUUGGAAAAUGAUAAAGUUUUAGCAACUUCCAAACUAUUUGCUGAUGUAGACAAUGAAUUUAAAAUAAAAAUGACCAAACUUCCAUUUGGUGUCCACUUUCACCAGUACUGUAUAACUAAAGAAGAUCUACAAAUCAAUAAAAUUGACAAACACUGGAAGGUAUUGGCCAGCAAUAAAGAUCCAAAUGGUUUGGAAUUUAUAACCAUAGUUGAACACAACAGUUUACCAUUCUAUGGCGUACAAAUACAUCCCGAACGUGUGGUCUUCGAGAAUUAUAUAAUCAAUGAUAAAUGUCAUCAUUGUUUAGAUUGUUUUGAAUUGGCUCAAUAUUUUGCAAAAUUUUUUGUUAAACAAUGUCUAUUGAACGAUAAUUGUUUCAGUGACCAGCUAGAGGAAGCCAGACAUUCAAUUUACAAUUUUCCUAUGGUUUUGAAUACUACGACCGAAAAGAAAAUAUUUCGUCAAUAUUAUUUAUUUAAAAAAGAUGUGGAUUAUCCGCAAAAAGAACUGAUGAAUUGAAUGUUCUUAAUAGAAAUGUAAAAAGAAUGGUGAUAUUAUCUUUAGAACUCGUGAUAAUAGUAUUAUUUGUUAAUUUAAAUCCAAUGCCAAUUCGGUACAAAAAGCAACCAUUAUUAUGUUAUGGUUUUUCCUUUAAAUAGGUUUAUGAAUUCAAAAGAUUUUUUUAUUUAUGUAUAUUUAUUACAUUUACAACCCGAGAGUAUGUAAAAAGCGCAAAAUGUAGAUCAUAUUUAGGAAUAAAAUAUCAUUUGUAAAUUUGUAUUUAUCACUUAAAACAAUUUGUCGAAACUCUAUUUAUUAUGAAAAUUAAAUGUAAAAUAAAAUGUGAU